GCGCCAUCUUGGCUCCAAACAAAAAAAGAAGUUAUGGCACUACUUUUUCCGCCGCUACUUUUCAAAACAUUUGCCUGACUCUGAGAUUACUGUUUAUCACCUAUUCUAUCGCUUAUUCGUGCAUGACCGUGGCAUCUGUCCCAGAGGAGUGCUACCAUUAAAUAAGUAACGUCUCGUUUGUGUUUCUAUGGAAACCGUAUCACGCGCUCGCUUCGCUGUUGAUCAACAUGGAGUUUAUGGGAAGCAGUUAUGAUGGAGAUUACAAUAAUGGCAGGAUGGAGGGGAUUGGUGAAUACACACUGCCAACUCACACCAGAUAUAUCGGAGAGAUGAAAGACGGCAUGUUCCACGGAAAAGGAGCGCUGCAUUUCUCCAGUGGAAGCAAAUAUGAGGGAACUUGGGAGAAAGGCAUAUGCAAAGAGGGAAAGUACACGUUUUCCGAUGGCCUGGAGUAUAAAGAGGCAGACUGGGAUUACUGUGAUGGUAAAGACAGGCGUUUCUACUCGGAGAGGCGCAAUGGCCUUAAACCAGCAGGAGAAUCCCAGGUAACUGAUGGGGACCCACCGAGGGCCAUCCCUGACGGUUGCUAUGACAGCGGUGAUGGCUUUUAUGAUCCCAGCACUAGAGUCAUCAAAGACUAUGAUGGCAAUUUUCUCAGGAACGCAGACGAGCGAGAACACGAGUGGACCGUGCAGAGCUGCAGGAAGAGCUGGGAUGAGUUCACUCAAGAGUCUACACGCUACAGAACCGGCUCUCACAGGUCGGAUGUGGAUGCGUUCAAGUAUUUUCACUUUAAAAAUGUAUUUAAACAUUUGUGAUCGCGCUCCACUGACGUCUGCAAAGUGCAUCCCACAGAAAAGAAGUGCAUGCUUGGAAAUGUAAAAAUAAAGCUAUAUGAUUCAAAAUAUGUUCUAUAUUGAGCAGCUUCCUGAAAAUGUUUGUUGUGCACUUUCAGCUACGCAGCGGUAGAAUAAAAUAUCACCAAACCAG